GAAAUGGCUCAAUCUCUAUUUUUCCCUCUUCUCCUCAUUGCUCUCUGCUCCAUAUCUGAAUGUGUUCAGCGUCAGUAUCACUUCAUAAAUGAGAACAAGAACUGGACUGAAGCUCAGAGAUACUGCAGAGAGAAAUACACAGAUCUGGCCACUGUUGACAACAUGAACGACAUGAUCCAGCUGAACAAGAGUGUGAAUAAUGUAAACAAUCAGAAUAUCUAUAUUGGUCUUCAGAAGACGAAUGUUUCUAAAUGGCAUUGGUCUUCAGGUGAUCUUGUGCUCUUUCUGAACUGGGCAUCUGGAGAACCAAACAACAGUUAUAAUUGUGGCACAAUAAAAAAUGGACAGUGGUUUGCUGAGUCAUGCAAUAACACAUGUUUCUUCAUCUGCUACAACAUGAGCAGAGGACUGGUGUUUGUCAAUCAGAACAUGAACUGGACAGUCGCUCAGAGUUACUGCAGACAGAAUCACAUUGAUCUGGUCACUGUGAGGAACCAGAAUGAGAGUCAACAACUGGAGAAGUUCAUUAAUGACAGAAACUCAUCUGGAUCUGCAGUCUGGAUCGGUCUGUUCAGAGACACAUGGCAGUGGUCAGAUCAGAGCAACUCUUCAUUUAGAUACUGGGCUGCUAAUUUUAAAGAUUCUUCAUACAGUGCCGCUAUUCAACCAAACAUAUCAGGACAAUGGGCUGACUACUCUAGUAAUUACAACCAGUUUCCUUUUGUGUGUCAUGAAGAUAAACUGAUUGUGAUCCAGCAGAAUCUGUCGUGGUCUGAAGCUCUGAGAUACUGCAGACAGCAUCAUGUGGAUCUGGUCUCGGUUCAGUCAGUGGAGAUGCAGCGUCGUGUGAUGAACGUGGUUAAACUGGCGUCUACCGAGGCAGUGUGGUUGGGUUUACACAACUACUGCAGCAUGAACAUGUGGCUCUGGGUGAGUGGAGACAUGGUGUGCUAUCAGAACUGGGCUCCAGGGAACGGCAGCACACCGGAAAACUGCAAACUGGAGAACAGAAAAGGAGCAGUUCAGUCUGGAGGAGAUCAGACCUGGAUCAGCCUUCCUGAAUCUCACAGACUCAACUUCAUCUGCACUAACUACUGAGAGUGAAAGAUUUUUAUAUGUUUGUUUAAAAUAAUCAAUGCUUUUUAUGCUGUUUUUAUAGUAAAUUGUGUUUAUUUCAACUGUAUAAUUAAAAAUUCUGUAAGUUAACACAUUCAAAUGUUAUUCUAUGAAAAAGUGGUUUAAAACAUUUAACAAAGACAGUUGAGGGAAAUUUCAGUCAAUUGCAAACUAAAAAUAACAGUUCAAUAUUUUGACUUGUGCAUACUGAACACUUAAAAGAUUAAAGUAAACAAGUCUUGUGCAGUGACU